UGCCUUGCAUAUAAUCAUCGAUUUUUGUGCUGUUUUAAAUCAAAAUCUUUUUCAACAAGCGUGAAAUUUACCUUUUAGUUUUUAGUAUCACUGUGCAAAGCUAACACAAACGGAUUGCAGAUAUAUAAUUUUUUAAGAAUAUAGAAAUUAUACACAUAGAUUAAUAAUUAUGUGCCAACGAGUGGAAGCUAUAGAUAAAUAUUACUACAAUCUACAAUAUAAUGAAUGUAAGAGAGAAGAGGCAUUAGCGGAAAUAUCUACCUUAUCUAAAGCAAUAAAGUUUAAAGAUGUUAAUGAUAUUUCAGAGAGAUUUCUUGAAACAGCAUCUGUAAUAAAAAAGAAUCUGUCUCUUUUCCAAUCUGUAUGUGAACAUGUAGACAUAGUUACCACUAUUAUUGAAUAUUUAACUAAUUUUGGUGUGAAACUUAUGCUUCACGAUCAAUUUGAGGAAUAUAUUAAAGAUGAAGAAAUCUUGUCAGUAAUGCUUACUCUUGUGCAUAUAUGUGGAGAUACACACAUACAAUUAUUUUUGGAAGAUGCUAUUCUGAAAAAUUAUACAUUGAAUGGAACAAUUCAAUAUGAGCAAUUGAAAUGUAAAUCUUUCCAUUUAACAGAUCAAUCCAAUGAAAUGAUACUUCUAGAAGAUUCAGAUUUGUAUGCAGUUAUUAGCUGUUUGAGAGUUAUUUACUCUCAAACCAACAGAGGAUGUGCUUUCCCUUAUUUACAUAAAAUUUGGGUCCAAGAGUUUAUAAAACAAAAAUUUUUAUGGCUUCUACAAGAAUAUCUUGAGAAUUCAAUUUUUCCCAUCUAUGUAUUUCGAUCAAAAAAAGAAUUACUUACAGCAAAUAUACAUCAUAAGAUGAAUAUAGUAUCCAUAUGGUCAGAAGAUAUUAUAGCUGCAAAGAAUUUAGCAACAUCCUUAAAUAAAGAAGUUGUAUUCAUAAAUACACACAUGGAUUUGCAUGAUGGUACUGCACUUUUACCUUAUGUAAAAAUAUUCAACAAAACAUUGGACAAACUAUCGUAUAAACAGCAGAAUUUUGAUCUUGACAGUUAUAUGAUAAAAUCGAAGAAACAUGAAAUUCCAACUUAUAAUCUUUUUUAUUAUGGUAAAUGGCAACAACCUGUGCAAAACACAUAUUGGAUAUAUAAUGAAACUCUGUGGGCACAUGCAACAAGUUGCGAUAUUGAGAGGUGCAUUGAUUCAGCUGAAGAAGGAUUCAAAAUUUGGAAUACCAAAUCUGCAACUUCUAGAAAUCAAAUAUUAUUCAAGUUUGCAUACAUGUUAGAAUGCAAUGGUAAAUUUCUAUUAGCAGAUAGAAUAUCAAAAUGGAUAAAAUAUUUAUAUAUUUAUGAAUCAUCGUUACUUUGCUCUCAAAGCAGAAGAUCAGAAAUAACAAAAUUUCGUAAACCAAGAGGCGUUAUCAUCUUAAAGGAAAAAGAAGAAACUCUUUUAUUUGAUCAAUUGACACAAAUUUUAAUUGCUGGUAAUUCUGUUAUCGUGAUAUGCGAUGGAAAAAACUCUUGUAAUCUAGUACAAUAUUGUGACAUGUUUUCAACAUCUGAAAUACCAUCAGGUGUUAUAAAUUUAUUGUUUAGUGAAAAAUUAGAUACUUUAGAAUUUUCCUUAUGCGCAACUGAUUAUGAUCUUUAUGCAGAACGAUUUUUCUCAAAAGACAAGCCAGAAAAAACAUAUAAAAACCUUACUGUACCCAAGCAAAUUAUACUGCCUAUUUCAUAAAUAAUUUUAAUAAUAUGUGACAUAUAGAUAUCUCUAGAUAGAAAGCGAUACAAGCAUGGGUAUACAUACAAAAAUAUAUAAACACAUUUAUAUAUUUAUUUCCAUUUUAUAAUUUUACAAUUUCUAUCACAUUCAUGGAUUAAUUCUUUGAAUAAAAAUGAUAAUCAUAUGACUCACUCGGAUUAUUAAAAUAUUCAGAGAAUAUGUUUUACAUUUUCAUUCCCACAAGCAUGUAAAUAGAUAAAAAAAUUAACUGCGAUGUAUAUCUUUUUUAUCAUAAAAAUAUUUUAUAUUUUUACUAGCAAAUUAUACAUGCUGCAUAAAUAAUUUUAGUACAUAUUAUAUUUUAGCAAUUAAAAAAGAUUUUGUAUACGUUCUUUUAUAUAUUUUUAUCUAAAGCUCUUUUGUAAAUUGUACUAUACAUUUCAUUGGCAAUUUCGCUUGUUGUAGAUGUAUAUGCACUGGUCAAAAAAGAAAAAAAUACAAAAAGAUUUUUCAUUAAU